UCGGCGAAGGCGGAGAUGAUCAGUCUCUCCCCUGAUAUUUACUUCUUUUGUUUAAUUCUUUGAUUACCACAAUGAAUAUCAGGUUAUUCUUGAUAUUUGUGGUAAUGCUGUGCGCCAUGCACCAAGGGCCUGCUGUAUAUCGGGACCUUACGUGCGUGGAGCCCGAGCCAGGAUAUGCAAACAAAAUGUUUUAUUAUUUCACCGCAAGUGAAAUUGAGAAAGUCUGUCCAACGGUUACCGAGCUGACAUGGCGAAUUGGAAAUGAGGUAUUCUUUAAUCUGCUGUGUGUGCUUCUUACCCUGCUGUUGGGCUAUGCGCCGUCGGUCGGAAAAAUCGUCAAAGAGAAAUGGUCAGCCGCCGUGUCAAUGCUCCAAGAAUGGAGAGCUCGUCCUUCCCUCUGCCGUCACUGCGGUACUGCCCCGUGUCAGGUUAAAAGGAGAUCAUUGCGGAAGCCCUCAGGUACUCGUAAGAAAGACAAGGCGAACUUCGCAAAAAGGUCAAACGUCAUGAUGUUGUUUUACUAUGGACUAGAGUUGUCCGUGGUACUGACCAAGGAGCUGCCAUGGAAUGACCUGUACUUGGAGAGGAAGCUCGUCCAGCAUUUUGAGGAGGAGCCUAUGGUGUUGUUCCCAGUGUGCAUCCAGCGUCAUAUCAACUACUGGUACCCUGUCCCUCGCUAGAUUCGUUGCGCCGUUCAAAGAGAAGAAUGUGAAUUGCAGUCGGUGACGGAAUAGAAGUUUGAGAUUGGCGUCCGAGACUCGAUUUUAUUUGGGGGGGAGGGUCACGAUCCGAUCCGAAUGGAAUGGUGUAUGGCCAAUAUUAAUGUUUUACCUUAUAUUUGUUAUAUUGAAUUGUAACUCUAUGGAUCUUGACCACUGGUGGUUUCGUGAAGAACUCAAUCGAUAUCUGAUGAAUUGGCCAUUUAUAACUUAGCUAGUAUUGUCCAGCAGUGGUCCAACUGAUAAAUUUCGAUGGUGUUUGUUUGAUUGGUUAGUUGCUAACAUGCUUCUAUUGGCCAUUAGGUAAUUUGAGUAGUUGUGGAGUUAGAAAGUUGACCAAAUAGCAUUGGUCAGUUCGAAGUCGGUUCGCUUUAUGUAGAUGUUCUCGGUAUUUAAUACUUUAGCAAGUUAGAACGAUGUCGAUCUUAACUGUUAAUAAGUGUUUUGAGAAAAAUUGUCAAAUACUCAACGAAUACAUUGUAGGUCAGCUCAAACCACCAUUGGUUCCACGCUGAUUGCGCCUAUCAUUUCGAAAGGUUCUAAUUCUGUCAUAUCUUGAAAGCUAUCGGUCCUUUGUACAUUUAUGCUAUGCUUAGUAAUUUGGCAUAUCAAACUUGAUUGAUUCUGCAAUGACCGCUAAUGGCACGGUCAGGUGGUGUUGUCGUGGUCAGUUAUUCACUAAGUCAAAUCGACCUACAGGUUCUGUAAAAUUACCAACAUGCAUAAUUCUGUCCAUUUUGUGCCGGUCAGUUUUGCUUUUGCGAAUUUGUGUAGU